ACAUUAACGCGGGUUGCUAUCCGCCAUAAAACCAAAGAAGAAGAAGAAGUGGUUGUGAUGGUAGUAGUAGAAGAAGAAGAAGAAGAAGCAGCCGCAGAGAAAGACAAGGCGAGCCCUUUCUGUGCAUGUAAACACAGCGAUGUCGGAGUCUCCGGACGCCCGCAGCUUACUCUCUGCUUCCUCCCAGCUCAACCUGAUGGAGAUGGACGCGAUCGAUGAUAAGGAGUUCGACAUACCCCAAGUAGACACACCUCCCACACUGGAGAGCAUCCUUAAUGAGCUUGAGGAUGAGGAGGAACCAUUUGUGUUGGAGGAUACUUGCAUGCUAAACACAGACAACAUGGAUGCUCACUCAUGUGACACCUCCUCUCUGGCCAGCUCUGACAGUGGAGACCCAGCACACCUCAAAAGGAAGAGGAGGACAGUCGAUCUGAAUGCGACCGUUCAUGGAUCUGUUCUUCGACACAGCCUGCUGAAGGGCAUCUCUGCACAGAUCGUUUCUGCUGCUGACAAAGUGGAUGCUGGACUGCCAACUGCUAUAACCGUGUCGGGUGUGAUUGCUGUAGGAACGUCUCAUGGUCUGGCUCUGGUCUUCGGAAAAGAUACUAAUCAGGCUCUUCGGCUCUGUCUGGGUACCAAGGCAACCGGGGCAGAGUUUGGAGCUGUCUCUGCCCUCAGCAUCAACCACGAUUGCUCCCGACUUCUCUGCGGGUUCGCCAAAGGACAGAUCACAAUGUGGGAUCUAGCCAGUGGGAAGCUCCUGAGAACAAUCACUGAUGCCCACCCUCCAGGGACAGCUAUACUGCAUGUGAAGUUCACAGAUGACCCAACUCUUGCAGUGUGCAAUGACAGUGGAGGAUCAGUUUUCGAGCUGGCUUUCAGGAGGGUGAUGGGGAUGCGGUCCUGUGACUCUCGAUGUCUCUUCAGUGGUUCUAAAGGGGAGGUCUGCUGUAUUGAACCGCUGCGUGCUCCUCCAGACUUCAGAGACCAUCCCAUCACACAGUACUCUCUGCUGGCUAUGGCCUCUCUCACUAAGAUUCUGGUCAUUGGACUAAAGCCUUCGCUGAAAGUCUGGAUGACUUUUCCCUACAGCAAGUCUGAUCCGGCCAGUGUUCCUCAGCUGGCCUGGCAGUUUGUUCCUGUUCAGAAGAUGGUCAACCCGAUCCUGGCUUUUUGUAAAGGAGAUACAGUCCACUUCCUCCUGGUGAAGAAAGAGGAGACGGGGACCAUCCAUGUCAUCAAACAGAAACAACUCCACCUAAGCUGUGACAUCAUUAGCCUAAGUUGGAUCAACAGUCGUACACUGGUCCUAGUAGACAGCCAUGAAAAGCUGCAGGUCGUGGACCGGCCCAGUCAGGAAGUUUUGGAGACUCUGGACUUGGAGCAGGUCCAACUGGUCUAUAACAGCCGACAUUUCAAAUCGCUGGCGACUGGAGGGAAUGUCUCCCAGGCUUUGGCUUUAGUUGGAGAAAAGGCCUGCUACCAGUCAGUCUCGAGCUACGCAGGACAGAUUGUCUAUUUGGGUACCAAGUCAGCUCACAUUAUGGCUCUAAGAAAUUGGAGAGAGCGUAUAGACUGCCUGCUGAAGCAGGAGCAUUUCGUUGAGGCUCUCUCUCUGGCCUGGUCCUUCCAUGAGGGAACUGCUAAAGCUGUGGUUGGCCUGUUCGGAGAUCCAUUGAAAAGGAAGGGAGUUGUAGGUGACAAGAUGGUAGAGAUCCUUUUCCAGUUUGCAGAGCAUGCUUUGAAGAAGUGUCCAGAUCAAGGCAAGAUCCAAGUGAUGGAGCAGCAUUUCCAUGAUGUGGUUCCAGUCCUGGUGGAUUAUUGCCUGCUGCUAAAGAGGGCCGACCUGAUAUUCAACCAGCUGUAUGCUCAGCUGGUGGAGAACAUGGUUGCUAAGGGCGUCUUUCUGGAGUCACUGGAGUCGUACAUUGUUGCAGACCGUCUUGGUCACCUCACCACGCCCAUCAUGAGGGACCUCCUGGCCCAUUACCAUGGCAAUGGUAUGAUGGACAGCCUGGAGAGAUGCAUUGUCCAUCUUGAUGUGACCAGCCUGGACAUACAGCAGGUGGUUCAAGUGUGUUGGGAGAACCAACUCUAUGACGCAAUGAUCUACGUUUUCAACAGCGGCAUGAAUGACUACAUUACACCUAUGGAGAAACUCUUUGCAGUGAUUGGCCCACAACUUAGAGCGGGGAGGAGCCUAAAAGAUGAGGAAGUGGUGAUGGGAAACAAACUUCUGGUGUACAUAAGCUGCUGUCUUGCAGGAAGGGCAUAUCCUCUUGGAGAUAUCCCUGAAGAUCUUGUGGUUCAAGUCAAGUACCAGGUGUUUGAGUUCCUUAUCCGUCUCCAUUCAGCCGACUCGUUGGAGGAGGAGGAGGAGGUUUUCCCAUUUAUUCGUACACUUCUCCACUUUGAUACCCGGGAGUUCCUCAAUGUCCUCGCCAUGACAUUUGAAGACUUUAAGAAUGAUAAGCAGGCCCUCGAGUACCAGCAGAGGAUAGUGGACAUCUUACUUCAGGUGAUGGUGGACAACCCAGACUUUACUCCAUCACAGGUGGGCGGGCUCUUUACCUUUUUGGCUCGCCAGUUGGCCAAACCAGACAACACGCUUUUUGUGAACAGGAAGCUCUUUGAUCAGGUUCUGGAGUUCCUGUGUUGCCCAGACGAUGACUCGAGACACACUGAGAGGCAGCAGGUUUUGCUGGAGCUACUGCAGGUCGGGGGUGUGGUCCAGUUUAAUGAAGGAAGGUUGUUGGCUCUGGCAGAGAAGGCCAAGUUCUACCAAAUCUGUGAAUUUCUUUAUGAGAAGAAACAUUUAUAUGACAGGAUCAUUGACUGCUACCUGCGAGACCCCCUCAGAAAGGGGGAGAUCUUCAGCUACAUCCACAACCUGCUGGCCAUGCCCGGCUACAGCCCUGAGGAGAAACAAAUGGUCAGGGACAAAGUACUUCAACACAUAAAGGAGCUGGUGACCCUUGACCCCAGCAAGUCGGCUGACCUAGUGGUGUUUCACUUUGCUAAAGAGGUGCAACAAAUCAUCUGUGAGCUUCAGGAUGACCAGCUACUUUUCCAGUUCCUCAGCUGCCUCCUGGAGCCACGGGAAGGCCAUCAUUCAGGGACCAUCCUACCUCAGGAACGGGACCUCCAUGAGCUUCUGCUGGACUUACUGUGCCGUUUUGGCCCCAAUCAGCUCCUGAGCUUCCUCCAGACCUCCCAGCACUAUAGACUGGAGGAGGCCAUACAAAUAACACAGAAGUACCACCGCAACGAGGCUACAGCCUAUCUGCUGGAGAAGAAAGGAGAUGUUCAUGGAGCUUUUACUGUCUUGUUAGAGACAUUGAAGGAAAAACUAAGUCUCCUCACUGCUGAGAGUGACAGAGGAGCUGAUGGAGGAGAAGGAAGACAGGAUGAAGAGGAGAGAGAUAGUGAAUCAAAACUGACGGGAGUGAAGGAUUCGCUGAAUGACAUCAUUGUCUUGUGUCAUCGAAACUCUGACAGCCUUUACCAGCAACAAAGAGAGGCUCUGUGGUUUCCACUUCUGGAGACCAUGAUGGCUUCUCAAAAACUAGUUAAGGGGCUCAAUGAUGAACACACAUUUGAGGUGCUGAAGGAGCUGACAAUGAAGGUUCUCAACUGCAUGAGCACCUUUAUUUCUCUACCUGCCAUCAUCCAACGAAUACUGAAGGACCCAGUCUAUGGGAAAGGAAAGCUGGCAGAGAUCCAAGGCCUCAUUCUGGGCAUGCUGGACACUUUUAACUAUGAACAGACUUUACUUGAAACAACCACCAGUCUUUUGAACCAUGACCUCCACUGGUCCCUCGCUCACCUGCGCGCUGCUGUUACAAGAGGACUCCACCCACGACAAGACUACUGUAACAUCUGCCUCCAGCAGUACAAGAGGAGGCAGGACUCAGCUGAGGAGAUCAUUGUGUUCAGCUGUGGCCACCUGUACCACCACCAGUGCCUGCAGCAGAAGGACUCUGGGUGGGGUUUUACUUCAGAGCUGCAACAGCGGUGGAGCUGCUACAAGUGUUCCUCAAGCCAAGGAGGAAGGGGCGGGCCUUCCACCGAACCAAAAAGAGGCCGCGGUACAUCCCUGGCACAGACUCGUGUAACAUCAGUGUCUCAUGAUGCAGGAGCAGAGGCUCACAGGAAGAAGGUGUUUGUUGAUGCAACGUUGGACCUUCAGCAGGAGCAGUCUUGGGAUCAGCUACGGUGUUUAUACCGUGGACCAUCCAGGUUGUCCAUCCUGUCAGAACUCUCCCACUGCCAUAGCAGUGACAAGACAGGCCUUCUAUUCCCAGCCCAACCCGGAACAGAUCAUUUCCAACUUAAACUCUCUCCUCCACCUUUAUUGGAAGAGUGAUACCAUGACUGGUUGUGAAUUGAUGUUUUCUUCAUCUUUCCAGACUUGAGUCAAGUGGGAUUGGUUUAGUCAGGAGAUAUUCUUCUGAUGUCCCUUGCAUUCUACAUCCGUGUGGGUUGUAGUUUUCCAUUGUUCUUUUGUUAGGAGACAAAAUUAUAUUGUAUAACGUCUUUCCAAAAUGUUUUAUUUCAAAACAAAUGUCACUAAUAAUUCUGCUGAAUGUAGCUUUAAUUUUAUCCAUUGUUUAUGUACUACAGCUGGCUGAAACGUAUUGCUUGGUUUGCUUGUUGGUGCUGGGAGGUCAAAAAGUGAAUCCUAACAUAACUGUUAAGAAUGUUGUGACAUUUAUUUUGGUGAGGGAAAUGAUACUGACUGUUUGAACCAGUAAAAAAAAAAAAAAGAAAAGAUACUGACUUCUCUUAUUUCACAACGUUAAUAUAAAACACACUUCUUUCGUGUGAAAUGCGAUGACAUCACAUUUACCUUGUCAGCUUCGUAUUGGUAAAUUACCUUUGUUGACUGAAUCCAAAAGUGCACUAAUUUUGAUGGUGAAUGCAGCAGAAUUUAAAUUUUGUUAUUGGAUGUUUCUUAAUGUUGUGGUUAAUUGCUCUUCUUCAGUCCACUGGCAUGUACCUUUUGACUUUUUAGCAAAGAACCAGAUAUUUUAUGACACAGUUGUUCAUCUUAAGAACUGAUGAUUUAGAGUUUAAUGUUCACAUGAUUCAGCGUUUCAACAGCCACUAUGAGAUCAUGAACGGUACCUUAACUUCCUGGAUGCCUGUCAAAAGUCCUCCCUUUUCAGUCUCUAUGGCUGUGGAGUAGUCGAGGCAGAUGAUGAGUGGCCCUGAGUCCGUGGAGCAGUCGAGGCAGAAGAUGAGGGGCCCUGAGUCCGCGAAGCAAUAGAGGCAGAAGAUGAAGGGCCCUGAGCCUGAACCAGUAGAGGCAGAAGAUGAGGGGCCCUGAGCCCGUGGAAGUUUAAUCAACUUCCCAGAACCAACACUUGAAUAAACUUUAUCAUAAUCAUUAGGUUCUAACAAUUGUAAAAUGCAUAAAUGGACCAAUCCGGAUUUAUUUUACUUGCUCCAUUGAAGUGAAAGAGACCGAGAACGAGGCUGGACCGAGGCCUUGAAGGCGUGGUUAAAGGAAACCCUUGCUUUAUGGGCCCCAUGGAUGUGGAAGAUCGCCGGAAGAACCGUAUCAUUUAAUACUCGGAAGUCUUUCAUAGUAAUGAAUGGGGCCCUGCCUCCUACACUGCAUCCAGUGAUCUUUAUACAUCCAUGUGUUACACUGGUUACAGAAAAUGUGGGCUAGUGGCCAGCAGCAGCACUGGGUCCCUGCUCCCCACCGCCACAGCCGGGAGGAGAGCAGACGGCUGCUUGAGAGCUAGGAGCUGGCCCUUUGUCUCCUCCCAGCGAAGAGGUCUCCCAGGGGUCGGGAGUGAGACGGAUGGACCGUGGGGUAUAAUUCUUGUCUAAUUUGUGCUCUGUUAAAUAUUAAAUUCAUAAUAUUCAGUGCCCCAUAACACUAUUUCCCAUGCUACUGUAGCUUUUGUGUUUGUCAAGGAUUUCGUCGUACGUAAGUGGGCGUGGUUUCAUCUCUCAGCUCCUGUGGGGAGUUGAAUGGGUCAAACAAACACAAGAGGCUGCUUUUCAUGUUUCGUGCAAAACUUUAAGUAAACAUUGACCUUUUGUUUAGUUGCUGACCUCGGGAGUCGUUAGUCAGUCAAGUUAACAUCAACCACGCUAAACCUAAUUAAGUUGUUCCAGUGAAGACGAAAGUUUAUUUUGAAAAGACACUAUACAUUUAGUGAGUGGAAACUGACACACCUUACCUGAUUAAACUGGCAGUAAACUGGCACUAGAGGGUAGAGCCUCAUAGUUUGAAACUUAGAGACACUGAGAAAGCAUUGGUAUUUGACGAGUUAGGAGUGAGAAUGUGUUGGUUUCUUGCACAUAACCCAUCUUAAAAACUGAAAGCAGCCAUUUCCACCAUACUCUGCCUUCUUUUUCAUGAAGUUUCAACACUCUUUCAGCACUAUUUGUACUAAAAGAAGAGACAACCGUCAUCUUAACUUCAUGCAUGACAUUAGCAGUCAAUGACUAGAUUAGACUCUAUGGCUUUUCUUGCAAUUUACUUAAAUUGAAUUGUAGCUUUUAAUAUUUCCCCCAUCCCCUGAAAUCGGUCAGCUAAUCAUUCUGUCUCUUUUGGGAAAAUCCAAAAAAUGUAGUUCCUUUUUUCCACCUCGACCUGUACGCUCUAAGCAGUGAGUUGUUAAAAGUGGUCUGAAAAGUCCAGGGCUGUUUGUAAACAUUUGGGGCUGUAGCUUCGUACACGCAGUCUUGUGAUACACACUUGUGUCAGUCCAAAAGGCAGGUCGGUCCACCUGGAAAGUGCCCGGUAUGUCAGAUGGCCAGUUCAGCCCCGAGUUCAAUUGUCAGACCUCCCUACCCUUCACCAUCUUUAAGUUACUAUCUAAAUGAAUGCUGGGAUUAUUUAUUUUUUAUA